AUGUGUACUCUGGUGAGGCAGCAGAGAAAGCUUGUCUGUGAAGAAAAGCAAGACAUCAAUGCUGGCAAAGACACGAGAGACCUCAGGCCCCUGUCAGGCAUGAAGGGGGAGCCCCGGCACUGGGGUUUGCACUUGUUCAGAAGACUCAUUAGCAUCCAACCUCCUCAAUUCGGCAGAGUAAACAUGCAUUACUCUGAAAUGCCCCACAAUGCAGUAGAGACAGAGUUCAAGCAAAAUGUUGGCCCUGCACCCAAGGAUUUGACCACUGAAAUUUACUUCCCUUCUGUCAAAUUCAGAUCACAUCUUUCUGUAGUUUUCUAUAAUCAGUAUUUCGAGCAUGCAAAAUGUAUAGGAGAGUUUGGAUCUAAGAAAGGACAAGAGAGACAAACAGAGGAAUGGGCCAUUUUGCCUACAACCGUGAUGCUCUCAAGGCUAGCUGGCUGCUCUCUAAAAAUCUAUCCAAAUCCCCAUUUUGGAAAUUGUGUUGUGACAAAGGCCCACAACUGUGAU